AUGUCUGCGGAUGAGAUUGACGCGGAAUUGCUGGCCAUGGCCGGCGACAGCUCGGAGGAUGAAGGUGACGACAUUGACCAGACCCAGGUCGUGGAGGAUGAGCUCUCCGAUUCCGAGUUCCAGGAGCCAGCGGCACGAACUGUCGAGGCACCAACUCGAACUCGAGGCGUCGCUCAAAAAGUCAAAGCGCGUGGAAGAAGAAAGCGCAAGCAGCAAGAGAGCGAUCUUGAUGACGAUGACUUGAACGAUGACCCAGCAGAUCGAUCGCCCUCGCCCCCAUACUCCCCUGAUGCGAACGCUCGAAAUGAUUCUGAAAAUGAGGCCGAUGGCGCAGAUGGCUUGGAUGAUGAGGCACCACUCUUUCCUCUCGAGGGCAAAUUUGAGAAUGCGCGGGAUCGGGAAGCUAUCAUGGCCAUGAAUGAGAUUGAGAGAGAGGAACUCCUUGCCGAACGUGCCGCGCAAGUGCUUCGCCGGCAGCAAGAUUUGCAAUUGAGAAAAGCUCUGGCGGACAGCCGAGCUUCAGCAAACAGAAAUAAACGGAAGGCGAUUGACACAGAGGACGAAGAUGGAUCGAGACGCAACACUCGACCCAAGACGGACAAGAGAUCAGCCUUAGAUGACUACAGAAAGGCUCGCGAGCAAAAGGGUGCCGAGCGUAACCGGCUAGAUCAAAAUCGGAGCGAUCGCAAUGCACGAUCGCCUACUCCAAGAUCUGUGCAAGAUGCUGAAGGCGAGAGUGAAGUGGAAUGGGCGGAACCAGCGACCGACAAACAUCGCAACGAUCCUCCGGCAGAACUGAAGGACUUUGAGCGCUGCAGGGUUGGCCGCUCAAACUUUGCGAGGGUGUGCUUUUAUCCCGCAUUUGAAGAGACGAUUCGAGGAUGUUUCUGCCGGAUCAAUAUUGGGCUCAGCAAGGAGACCGGUCAGGCGGAAUAUCGUAUGACGCAAAUAAAAGGAUUCACCGAAGGCAAGCCAUACACUAUGGAGACUUCGAACGGCAAGCGAUUUACGACCGAUCAAUUCGCGAUCGUCGCUCAGGGCACCAACGAAAGGCCGUAUCCAUUUUCCGCUUGCUCGGACAGUCCAUUUACCGACGCAGAAUUUACUCGCUAUUCGGAGACACUGCGCAAAGAUAAUAUCCGCCUACCGCCACGCAGAUUUCUGCAUUCCAAACUAGAUCGUAUCCAUGCUCUGCUGCACACCAACUUCACAGAGGAGACGCUGCAGCUCAAGUUUAACAAGCAAAGAGCCAUGCAGCUGAAGUACGAUCCCGCCAACAUGGCACGAGUCAAACGCGAGGCUAUCGAGAAACGCCGCGCUGAAGCUCAAGAGAAUGGUGACACGGAACAGCUGGAGAAGUGUGACGCAGAGCUCUCGGCACUCAUGAACGGCGCCGCCAUCAGCCACGUCAACAAAGCUUCUGCAUCUCCUGUGACGAACUCGCAAAAUCUGGAUCGUCUUGCGAAGUUGAACCACAAGAACCGCGGCAAAACUAUACAGGAAGUCCGACAGGCAUUAAUCGAGGAGCGUCGGAAACUCCAGCGCGAACGUGAGGAGGCAGCUGCAAGGAAAGCAAAAGCUGCGGAGGAGGCCAUUUCUCUGGCGCAGAGCAAUGCAAAAGCGACUCGGGAGUCAUCGCUUCCUGAGCGUUCCAGCACAUCAGCCAACGGCUCACACGGUGGUCCUCUUGGAGCACUCAAGCGCAAGAAUCUUGACGACGAUGUCAUUGGCAGCCUCGACCUGGGCAUAGAUUUGGAAAUCUGA